CAAUAUGCCCCAAUGAGUUGAAACCAGCUAUAGGGAUGAAGUUUAAUAAUCUUGAAGAGGGCCUUGAAUUUUAUAAAGGCUAUGCAUUUGCUUCUGGUUUCAAUACAAGGAAGUCUACAACUAAAAGACAAAGAAGAAGCAAAGAAUUAAAAUAUCAGUAUAUCUUGUGCAAUAAGGAAGGAUACAAAGAAAAAAGAAAGACUACUGUAGAAAAAGAUUUAAAUAACAAGGAAGGGGAAAACAAUGAAGAAAAAUCUUCAAUCAAAAGGAAGAGACUCGUUACUCAUGUUGGGUGCAAGACACAUAUUGUCCUAAAGAAUUGUGAUGAUAACACAUUCAUAGUGACAAAAUUUCAUGAGGGACAUACUCAUGCACUUUAUACACCUAGCUGCAAUCUAUUCCAAAAAGAAGGAAGGAAAAUGAACAUUUUACACAAAAAAAUAAUUGUGAAUAAUUCUAAGGUGAAUAUUGGUCCCGUUACAACUUUUCGAAUGAUGAAGGAAAUUGUUGGAGGAUAUGAAAACAUUGGUGCAUCUAAGGAAGAUUUCAAAAAUUUUCAUAGAGAAUUAAAAGCAUACAUUCAAGGAAGCAAUGCUCAAAUGUUCGUGGAUAACUUUACCAACAAAAAGCUGAUGUGGAGUGCUUUUUUCUUUGAUUUUGAGAUGGAUGAAGAUUUUUGCCUUUGUAGAGCAUUGUGGGCAGACCUCCUUUGUAAAAAGAGGUACAACAUGGUGUUUACUCCAUUUACAGGCGUUGACCAUCAUAAGAAUUGCAUUAAUUUUGCUGCUUGUUUCAUAGCAAAGGAAGAUAUCGUGUCAUUUGAAUGGAUGUUCACAUCAUUCCUCAAGGCAAUGGGUGGGAAUGAACCUAAUUGUAUGAUUACAGAUCAGGAUCCAGCAAUGAAAAUUUCUAUUAGAAGUGUGUUUAAGAAGAGUGAACAUCGGUUCUGUAUGUGGCACAUAAUGAAAAAGUUACCAGAUAAGGUGGAGAAAUCAAUCAUGCAAGAAGAAAUUGGUUUCCUAAAAAAAUUAUGUGCUUGCGUUUGGCACCAUGAAAUUGAACCUGCUGAGUUUGAAGAAAGGUGGAACAAGGUGAUGAUUGAAUACCACUUGGAACAACAUGAAUGGUUAGGUUAUAUGUACAAGAUAAGAGACAAGUGGAUUCCGUCCUAUUUCAAAGAUGUGUUCCUUGGAGGAAUAAUGCGUACAACAUCAAGAUCCGAAAGUGAUAACAACUUUUUCUGCUCCUUUAUCAAUCCUCAUGUGUCACUUGUUGAGUUUUACUUGAGAUACGAAGCUGCAAUUGAUGCCCAGAGACACAAGGUCAGAAUGAUAAUGAUUCAAAGCACAAAUAUCCUGAGUGCAAAACACCACUAG